ACAACGUGCGUCCACUGUCUCUGCACACUUUGCGUUGUCAUCGGAGAGAAAGGAAGGAAGUGCAGUGAAGGGAAGAUGGCGGUCGUGGGGCGGAUGAAGCUGGGCUCGCAGGGGCUAACGGUGUCGCGGCAGGGGCUGGGUUGCAUGGGCAUGUCCAUGCUGUACGGCCCUCCCAAGCCGGAGCCGGACAUGAUCAACCUCAUCCACCACGCCAUCGCCUCCGGCGUCACCCUCUUCGACACCUCCGACAUGUACGGCCCCCACACCAACGAGAUCCUCCUCGGCAAGGCAUUACAAGGCGGAGUGAGGGAAAAGGUGGAAGUGGCCACCAAAUUUGGCAUUAACUUGGACGGUGGAAACUUUGAGAUCCGCGGUGAGCCUGCCUAUGUCAGGGCAGCUUGCGAGAGCAGUUUGAAGCGGCUCGGCAUCGACUGCAUCGAUCUUUACUAUCAACAUCGCAUCGACACUCGAGUUCCCAUCGAAGUCACGAUCGGAGAACUGAAGAAACUAGUCCAAGAAGGGAAAAUUAAGUACAUCGGAUUGUCUGAGGCCUCUGCUUCGACAAUCAGGAGAGCGCACGCUGUUCAUCCGAUCACUGCAGUCCAGCUCGAAUGGUCUUUGUGGUCGAGAGAUGUAGAAGAAGAUGUCAUUCCUACUUGCAGGGAACUUGGCAUAGGGAUCGUCGCAUAUAGUCCCCUUGGAAGAGGCUUCUUUUCUUCCGGACCAAAAUUGGCUGAAACUUUAACCGAUUAUGAUUUCCGAAAGAUGGUGCCGAGAUUUCAACCUGAGAAUCUCGCUCAAAACGCACUGAUUUUCGAACGCGUGAAUGAAAUGGCAAAACGAAAGGGAUGCACCACUUCGCAACUAGCGUUGGCAUGGAUUCACCAUCAAGGUCCCGACGUGUGCCCCAUACCCGGAACCACAAAGAUCGAGAACUUGGGUCAAAAUAUUGGAGCUCUGUCAGUGAAGCUCACACGGGAGGAAAUGACUGAACUCGAAUCGUACGCCGCAGCAGAUGCAGUGAAAGGCGAUCGAUAUGCCUCGACUGCGGGCACAUGGAGAGAAUCAGACACUCCUCCGCUGUCUUCGUGGAAGGGCGAAUAAAUCUUUGGCAUUGUCCAAUAAUAAUGUCCAAUAAUAAUCAUGCUUAUGUGAGUGUUUCCGUUUGCUUCGUGGGUAGUCUGAAAUCCCCAAUGAGCUAUUAUCUUGGUGGAUUAUGUCCUAUAGAGUCUGUCGAAUCUUUUUAAUUGAAUAAAAUGAGUUGCAAUAUUAGAGUCAA